UUCAGUCUAGUCGCCCGCUGCACUGGCUCCACUCCACUUCGAGUCGAUUUUUCCAGAGUUCUCGGCCUGCAGUUCCCCAGCUUUUGUUUCGGCCUCACAUAAUGUCAAAUUAUGCAACUGCCUGCUGUUGGCCGUAGGAGAAACAAGUUCAGAGUAAUGAGCAAAUAAAUAAGCUGGCGGCCAGCUGUUCCCACUUCGUCUUGAACCGUUCCCUGCAUCAGCGCAACAUGUGGGCGUUGUGACGUGCAUUCGGAUAAAGCUUUUCCGGAGCUCAUUGAUAUGCACCGGAGGCCCUAGGAAAAUCACCAGUACUUAGUGUAAAACCAGCAGAAAAAUCACACGGAAUAUGCAUUAAUCUGCCGACUAGACUGACUCAUGCGAUGGCAAUGGAGGAUCGCAACCGCAUCUGGACUACGGGCAACGUCAACCAUGGCUUCUUUGGCGACAAUCUGCAGCAGCAGACCCUCCAGCCACUCCAGAGAUUGCAAACACCGGGUAACCUCAGCCUUCUUUCGGCACCCAUUCGAGCCAUUGGCAGUGGCAAUGGAAACGCAGCUGCUAAUGGACAUGGAAACAAUUCUGCCACGGAGAGUGCGAAUGGAAAGCAGCUGCCCUACGAGCCCAUAUCCCCAAAUCUAAUUGGCAUUCAAUCCAAGUUUCGCCGGAGUUAUUACCACAAAGUGGUGCUGGGUGGACUGCUGGCUCUUGUAAUCGUUCUGCUGAUAGCAAUCAUAGUCGUAAGCCUAAGCCUUAAGAAAUCCAGCUCGAUCUGCCGGAGCAAGGAGUGCAUCCGCACAGCGGCCAGCCUCAUCUACGCGAUGGACGAGCAGACUGAUCCCUGCGAGGACUUCUACCAGUUCACCUGUGGCAGGUGGGCCAACGAGCAUCCGCGACCGGAUUCGGUGACCUCGAACGAUUGGUUCCGGGAGCGGCAGGCGCACAUAAUGCGCGUGGUGCGGGAGUUCCUGCGCUCAAAUAUCACCAAGUCGGAGCCGGAGGCGGUGGGCAAGGCCAAGACGAUGUACCGGGCCUGUAUGGAUACCAAGCUGCUGGACACGAGGGAUCUGGAGCCACUGGUGCGCUAUCUGCUGCGUUUUGGACUGCCCGUACUGCCCUCGUCUUUAAACCUAACAUUAGGAAGUGGUUCCAAGUUCGCCACAGAGGCUGCCAAUGUCAGCUACAACUGGCUGCACUCCAUUGUGGCCAUUAAACAACAUCUAAGUAUGGAUUUAAUAAUAGGAUUUGACGUCUUUCCGGAUCCCUUCAAUCGAACCAUCAACCGCAUUGCGCUAGGAACUCCGGAAACUGACUCAGCCUUUCCAUUCAACAACGAUGACUCCCACAAGUUGCUCCGCAAGAUACACCGGAAAACGAUUUUCAUGCAAAACAGCGAUGAUGAGGACGACAGCGAGGAGGAUCGGGAGAGCGAGGAGGAGGAGGCGGCCAAGCAGACCAGCGCAGGAAUGGCAGCCUAUCUCCACUACGUGCGAAAGGUCAUCGAGAAGUAUCUGCUCUAUGUGGAUCCGAAUGUGAACCAGGAGGAGGCCACUCUGGGCAUCACCGAGUUGGUUAAGCAGGGCGUUAAAGUGGCAAGGAAAGUCCAUGAGUUAAAAGAAGAAGCCGAGAACAUUACCAAGCCCUCGAAGAACCCGGCUGAUGAUAUUAUCUACAUAUCUCUGUUGGAUCUGCAAAAUCAAACAGACAAGAACAUUGCCCCAAAAACAUUACCCAUUUGGGUGCAAUACAUGGAACUGAUCCUCAAAGGAACCCGUCACGCGGACAAUGUCCAAAUGACCAGAAAUCUGACAAUAAUAACCAGCCAGGCGGACAUAAUGUAUCUGCAGCAAGUGGUGGAGUAUCUGGAGGAGACCCCUGCCUCCCAUAUCGAGUCCUACCUGUGGCUGAGCACCGUCGAGGAGCUGGUCCUGCACACUUCCAGCUCGAUGCGCCUGCUCCACUCGGAGUACAUGAGGCUGGCCAUCGGAACGGAGGGCAGCACCCCGCGAUCCCUGUACUGCGCCAACGGAGUCAACAGUCUGUUCGGGAUGGCAGUGAGUUAUGUCCUGGCAGACGAGGAGUUCACCAGGGACAAGUUACCCAGAGUGGAGCGGAUGCUGAGCGACAUACGGCGCUCCUUCGAUCGCCUGGUGAAGGCCACCUCCUGGAUGGAUGCGGCCACCAAGCGGAAGACCAUCCAAAAGUCGGCGGAAAUGAAGAGCUUCAUUGGCUUCCCAUCCUGGCUGCGAAAUGCCACCGUGCUGAAUGCCUACUACGAGGGGGUGGAGGUGAACACCAGCACCCACCUGGAGAACCUCAUGGACUUCGUCCACUGGCAGAUGAUGGACAAGCUGAACGAAAUGGAUAAGCCGGAGCCCAUUGGCUGGGCGACGUCCCCUUCGAAUGUGAAUGCCUUCCACACUUUUCAAUCGAAUGCAAUCACUGUGCCCAUUGCCAUUUUGCAAUACCCGUUUUACGACCUCGGUCUGGAGGCGCUCAAUUAUGGCUCGAUUGGCACAAUUCUGGGCCACGAACUGACUCACGGAUUUGAUGACAGCGGCAGGAGAUUCGAUCGGGCAGGGAACAUGGUCGAGUGGUGGUCCAACAGGACCAUCGAUGAGUACAUAAACCGCACCGAGUGCUUUGUGGAGCAGUAUAGUCGCUACCAUCUCGCGGACAUUGAUGAAUAUAUCGAUGGGGAACUAACUCUUGGCGAGAACAUCGCGGACAACGGUGGAAUGCGCGAGGCCUUCUACGCGUAUCGCCUCUACGUUAAAGAAGUUGGGCGGGAGAAGUCCAAGUUGCCGGGACUGGAGCACUUUUCCCACGAGCAGCUCUUCUUCAUAUCGUUCGGGAACCUGUGGUGCGAAACCUACACGCCGGCAGCAUCGAGGUACGCCCUCAGCGAUUCGCAUUGUCCAGGCCAGAUGCGUUUGCGGGGAGUGCUCUCGAAUUCGGAGGAAUUCGCCAGGACCUUCAAGUGCGCCAGAGGCACUCCCAUGAACCCCAACCAGCCCAAGUGCCGCAUUUGGUAAUUGGCAUGCUCAACGAACAAGCAAUUGAAACAGGAACAGUCAAGUGAUUUUUCUACCCGUUUGUACUUAGUUAGCCGUAAGUUUAGAUCAAUUAUACAGGUGUCUUUUGCACGGUUCUUAAUGGUGGUGCAAAUAAAUGGUAAACGCUUUUCA